AUGGGUCGCAAUACUGGCAGAGUAUACCAGAUCGUUGCGGCUGCUACUGCUACUGCUACUGCUACAACUGUUGCUGCUGCGGCUGCCCCCGCAGCCCGCGCCAAAGCCCAACCUGCUGCCAAGACCUUGGCUACACUCAGAGGAGGAAAGAAAACUGCAAUGCAACAAGAGAACAGGACCUCAGACAAGAGAGGAGGCGAAAUGGCGCAAGAGGAAGGGAACGGAGAAAGAGAGAGUUGCAUCAAGCAAGAGUCCAGGGAGUUGGAGGAAGUCGAGCUCUUGGAAAGCCAGUUUACUGCAGGAGACGCCCGCGAGCAACCAUCAUAG